UUUCAAGUCCCUCCAUUUUGUUGUAUGUGCUGUUGGCAAGAGAAGUGCAAAAAAAAAACUGUGUCGUUUAUAACGAUAAUCUAGCAAUGGACGGUAUGGGAGAUGUUGCAGUUGGUGUGAAGAGAGGAUCAGAUGAGCUGAUGUCAACCAGUGUCUACAACAGUGGAUCUGACAUGAGCAGUAUCGGUGACGUUACAGCCAAUGGGAGCGACAGUAAGUCCAAUGGGAGCGACAGUAAAAAGCUGAGAGUGGAAGACCGGAUGGAGGCCCCUCCCUCUCGUGUGCUGCACAUCAGAAAACUGCCCAAUGAAACUUCAGAAUCGGAGGUCAUUGCCCUGGGGUUACCUUUCGGGAAGGUCACAAAUAUCCUGACGCUUAAGGGGAAAAACCAGGCUUUCUUGGAGCUGGGGACAGAGGAAGCAGCGAUAACCAUGAUCAACUACUACUCUACUGUGACACCGCAUGUUCGAAACGUCCCCGUAUUCAUUCAGUAUUCCAACCACAAAGAACUGAAAACAGAUAGUGGAAACCAGCGUGCCCAGGCGGUCCUGCAGGCGGUGUCAGCGGUCCAAGGAGGAGGUACUCCCGCGUCGGGCUCCAUUGUAGAUCUGACCGCUGCGUCCAGCCCUGUGCUCAGAAUAAUCAUCGACAACAUGUUCUACCCAGUCACUCUGGAUGUGCUGCAGCAGAUCUUCUCAAAGUUUGGCACGGUCAUGAAGAUCAUCACAUUCACCAAGAACAAUCAGUUCCAGGCUCUGCUGCAGUUCAACGACCCACCCACCGCCCAGCAAGCCAAAAUAGCCCUGGAUGGUCAGAACAUCUACAACUCGUGCUGUACGCUCCGCAUCGACUACUCCAAGCUGGUCAACCUGAACGUGAAGUACAACAACGACAAGAGCCGCGACUACACCCGGCCAGAGCUCCCUGCAGGGGACGGACAGCCUGCCAUAGACCCCAACAUGGCUGCUGCCUUCCAAGGCAAGGACUCCAACUCUCUGCUCGGUGGCUUGAGUCCUCUGAAUGCUGCCGCGGCGGCGGCUGCUGCUGCAGGGAGGGUAGCUCUGUCCGGUCACUCUGGCUCCAGUGGCGUGCUCCUGGCCUCCAACCUCAACGAAGAGAUGGUUACACCCCAAAGUCUGUUUACUCUCUUCGGGGUGUAUGGUGAUACCCAGAGGGUGAAGAUCCUCUACAAUAAGAAAGACAGUGCUCUGAUACAGAUGGCUGAUUCCAACCAAGCCCAGCUAGCCAUGAGUCACCUGAAUGGGCAGAAGAUGCAUGGGAAACCAAUCAGGGUGGCUCUGUCUAAGCACACCUCGGUGCAGCUGCCCAGGGAUGGACUGGAUGACCAGGGCCUCACCAAAGACUUCACCAACUCGCCCCUGCACCGCUUCAAGAAGCCUGGCUCCAAGAACUUCCAGAAUAUUUUCCCUCCCACCACUACUCUUCACCUCUCCAACAUCCCAACGGACGUUUCCGAGGAAGACCUCCGACUGCUCUUCUCCAACGCCGGGGGAACCGUGAACGCAUUCAAGUUCUUUCAGGAUCACAAAAUGGCGCUGCUCCAGAUGUCAACUGUGGAAGAGGCCAUCCAGGGUCUGAUCGACCUCCACAACUACAACAUGGGCGACAACCAUCACCUGAGAGUCUCCUUCUCCAAAUCCACCAUCUAAACUUAUUGCAUAAUGAUCGAUCCUCCACAACAUCCACCGCUUUCUGUUUUCCCUAGCAGAUUUUGGCUGGCAUUUGUUAAACCCUGUUGACUCGUUCCAGACUCUGGGGACCACAUUUGGACCUUUUAUUGUUUCUUUCUAAGUGUCAUCAGUCAUUCCUUCAGAGAACCAGAAACCCAAACCGGGGGGAGGAAAUGUUGUACUUCUAUGUUUUGAGGACAUUUUAACCCCUUCACCUGAUCCUGACCCCUGUGUUAGUCCCAUACCCUCUGAUCCUGACCCCUGUGUUAGUCCCACACCCUCUGACCCCUGUGUUAGUCCCACACCCUCUGACCCCUGUGUUAGUCCCACACCCUCUGACCCCUGUGUUAGUCCCACACCCUCUGACCCCUGUGUUAAUCCCACACCCUCUGACCCCUGUGUUAAUCCCACACCCUCUGACCCUGACCCCUGUGUUAAUCCCACACCCUCUGACCCUGACCCCUGUGUUAAUCCCACACCCUCUGAUCCUGACCCCUGUGUUAGUCCCACACCCUCUGACCCUGACCCCUGUGUUAAUGCCAUAGCCUCUGAUCCUGACCCCUGUGUUAAUCCCAUAGCCUCUGAUCCUGACUCCUGUGUUAACCCCCCUGACCCCUGUGUUAAUCCCAUAGCCUCUGAUCCUGACCCCUGUGUUAAUCCCAUAGCCUCUGAUCCUGACUCCUGUGUUAACCCCCCUGACCCCUGUGUUAAUCCCAUAGCCUCUGAUCCUGACUCCUGUGUUAACCCCCCUGACCCCUGUGUUAAUCCUAUAACCCAUUUGUAUGAUCAGCAAACUAUUUGCCUUUUCUACCUUCUCAUUAUGAAGGGUGGAUGAUUGGACAUGGGCGCCUCUUCUUUGACUAUGAUGAUUAGUUCUACAAGAUAUGUGCCUUACCAGACUAUCGACUCUUUUUACAUCCCAAAUAUUGACAUGAAUCCCUGUCUGAUUUUGAGGCACAUUUUAAUUUUGAUGUGAAAUUUAACAUGAUUUGUCUCUUCCCCCGUGUCACUGUUGUAGUUUGUACGCUUCUGCCAUCCAAGUUUUGCCUUUUUCAGUUGCUGUUCAAUUUGUGGAGUUUUACUUCCCCCCCUUCCCCGUUAAAUUCACUGUGGUUGUUGUGGAGAGGUGAACAAUAUGAGAUUGAAGUUGAAUCAGUCUUUUUUAUUUUAAUUUUAGCUCAUUUAGACCAUGUUGCUUGAAGGUUUCUUGUAGAGGAACAACCAACAACACUGAUUUUUUAACCCUGGUUAUUUUUCCUUUUUUUUGUUUAGUUUACACAUUUACUAAAAUAGUCUUAAUGUUUCUGUUCUUUAUAGGUUAUACUUCCCUUGUUUUUCAUCACAUUCAUGUACAUGGGUAGGAGGUGAGAGGUUUUCUAUGCAUCUACUGCCUGUUCUCUCUAGUUCUUGGAAUAAAACCUACGUAAUACUUUUACUAAUUUGAACUGCACUUAACGGUCACGAUAUUGUCAUACACAUGACAAAGCAAAUGUUAUGACUGUUUUGAAACACACAGUUCUAGCGAAGUGUUACCAAAAGAAGAAAAAAAAUGCUUUUGCAUGUGUUGGAAGAGGUUAGCGAAGUAGAACCUGUUGUGAAGUCAACGUGUUGCUGUUUAGAGGGACAACCCCUGGUUGGGACCAAAGUCUGUGCCUUUUCGUCUUUCAUUUACAGUUGUAUCACAAAGGAAAAAGAAUCAACAUUUUAAUGAACCCCCUCUGAUAUAUUUUGUGUAUCGGGGAGGAGAGAAAAAAAUAAGGUAAGGUACGGGACACGAUUCAUUAUCAACGACAUUAAUUCCUUAUACAUUUAUUUUAAGCAGACCUACACAUAAUAACCAUUAUGGUUAAGAAUCUCUCAACUUGCUGGAUAAACGUAUGUUUUCAAGAGAGAAAAAGUGUCUUUUCUAUAUUGGUUACAUUUUUUACAUCUCUGGAAAUGUAAGAUUCAGAUAUAGUUUGGAAGCGGCACGAUUAAAAUAAUUUUCUAACAAAAAAGUCGGGAGAUUUGGUCGGACGUGUUUUAGAUGUUUCUCUUCUAUCGUGUGUGUGUGAGUGUUCUGCUUUUCCUCUGUAGCAUGUUCAAUAAACUUCUGUAGCUCUUCA